CUCAACAGCUCGUGGUGAUCGGACGUGCGUGCGCGUUCGUUCUGUAAUAGAUAUUAUAUUGUCUGUGAAACACCGUCGUCAAGAUGACCGGUCGCGGUAAGGGAGGAAAAGGUCUGGGAAAAGGAGGAGCCAAGCGUCACAGGAAGGUACUUCGUGAUAACAUCCAAGGUAUUACGAAGCCGGCUAUCCGUCGUUUGGCGCGCAGAGGUGGCGUGAAGCGUAUCAGCGGUCUGAUAUACGAAGAGACCCGUGGUGUGUUGAAGGUGUUCUUGGAGAAUGUCAUCCGCGAUGCCGUCACAUACACGGAGCACGCCAAGAGGAAGACUGUCACCGCUAUGGAUGUCGUGUACGCUCUGAAACGCCAGGGCCGCACUCUGUACGGUUUUGGCGGUUAAUUAUGUGUUUCACACAUUAUGUCCUUAUUAUUAUUAU